GUGGACUCGCAUAUAUAAGAGUUCUCGCCUUGUCCGGCCGAUACUUCAAUUCUCCAUCCAUCUCCCUAUUUAAACUUCCUCAAAGAGAAAAACUCCCCCUUCUCCAUUAAAACUAAAACCAUUUACCGUCGCCAUGGCUCCCAAGAUUGCUAUCGUUUACUACUCUAUGUACGGCCACAUCGCCACCCUGGCCGAGGCCGAAAAGAAGGGUAUUGAAUCUGCUGGCGGCCAGGCCGACAUCUACCAGAUUGCGGAGACCCUGCCUGAGGAGGUCCUUGCUAAGAUGCACGCUCCUCCCAAGAAGGACCACCCCAUCGCCGACCCUGACAGCCUCAAGAACUACGAUGCUGUGCUGUUCGGUAUCCCUACUCGCUAUGGUAACUUCCCUGCCCAGUGGAAGGCUUUCUGGGACCGCACUGGCGGUAUCUGGGCCACCGGUGGCUACUGGGGCAAGUAUGCCGGUCUGUUCGUCUCCACUGGCACCUUGGGUGGUGGUCAGGAGUCCACCGCCAUUGCUGCCAUGAGCACUCUUGCUCACCACGGCUUCAUCUACGUUCCUCUCGGCUACAAGACCAUGUUCCCCCAGUUGUCCAACCUCCAGGAGAUCCACGGUGGUAGCGCUUGGGGUGCUGGUACUUUCGCUGGUGCCGACGGUUCCCGUCUGCCCACCGCUCUCGAGCUCGAAAUCGCUGAGGGCCAGGGUAAGGCUUUCUACGAGCACGUUGCUCGUGUCAACUUCGCUUGACUGUAUGGUAGCGAGGAAAUUAAGCCUGAGUCGCAGCCUGCCGCUGCACCACAACAACCACAACAAAAAGAACAAACUACAAAGACAGAAGCUUCCAACGCUGCACAGAAUGGCCAGCAGAACGAACAGGGUACCCAAAGGGCAAAGAAGGAGAAGGGUGAGGGACCUUGUGGUCUUCCUAAGUGUGUGAUUUCCUAAUAGGCUCCAUUCUAUACCCACCUGAUCUUUGUGUUUUGUUCAUUUUGUUGUUUGUUGCAAUGGCGUUUUGUGAUGGGUCGAUACCUCAUUCGGACUUGAGAUCUGAAAAUGAUAUACCAUACCUGCAAAUAGGAUAAUAAAAGACUUUAUG